UUGAUUGACCUUGACUCCUCACAGGUUUGCCUUGGCCUUUGGAAGACAGCUUCCAGCAGAGAAGCUGAGGAGCCGGCGAGGGGUGUAAUGUGGGAGAGAAGGUCCAGCCCGGCAGCAACGUCUUCGGAUGUCAACCAGGGCCAGUUUGCUGUCACCUUCCCCUCCCGAAGACCAAAGUCACCUAUGUUGGGGCUGGAAGAGAACACAAACCAGCUGAUCUUGGCUUCCCGUUUUAUACAUGGGAACACUAGGCCCCUGGCGGGGAGGGCAUGUGAGCUGCCCACGGUAACCCAUGGGACAAACCUGGGUUUCGAAACUCCCUAUUCUCUCUCGGAGCCCUGGUGGUGCACUGGUUAAGAGCUCGGCUGUGAGCCGAAAGGUUGGCAGUUCAAAUCCACCAGCUGUUCCUUGGAAGCCCUACGGGGCAGUUCUACUCUGUCCUAUAGGGUCACUAUGAAGUCCUAUACGGUCACUAUGAGGUUGGAAUCAACUCAACAGCAGUGGGUAUCUUCUCUCAGCCCAGCCAACCUCCCCAGCUCCGUCAACAGCACCACCAUCCUCAGCUGCUGAUAUCCACCCCUCUUAGCUGAGUCCAGAGCAUUUGCUGGCCAUGGCCCCGGUCUAGGAUCCUGGCAAAGGCUCAGCCUGGAGGAAUUCCAGGGUACGCAGAAGCCACCAAACGGAUCCGAUCAGGGGCCUUGCCACCUAAGGUGGGUCCACAGAUCAGCAGAAUCCCAGGCGCAGCCCCCACCUGCUGAGCCUGUCUGCUCUUUAACCAGCUCCCCAGGUGAUGUGUGUGCACUUUGCAGUUUGAGAAGCGCUAGGUCAGAGCAAGCCACUUUCCCCGGAGGAACCUGCUUCCCUAACGGAAAUGGAGGGGCAGAAAUCUCUGACUUCUUUGUUCCAGCUAGCACACCGGGAGAGAGGCCUUUGGUGGGGUCUCCUGUAGGGGUGUGAGCAUUUUGUGGGGGAUUCUGGAAAGUGGAAGGCACUCUGGUGGCGCAAUGGAUAAGCGCUCGGCUGCUAACCGAAAGGUCAGCAAUUCGAACCCACCAGCAGCUCUGCAGGAGAAAAGACCUAGCGAUGCGCUCCCUAUGAAGAUUACAGCCUAGGGAAGCCCUAUGGGUCAGUUCUACUCUGUCCUGUAGGGUCGCUAUUAGUCGGAAUCAACUCCACGGCACACAACCACCGCGGCUGGAAAGUGGAAUUCCAGCACCAGCCAGGCUGGGGAGCAGUCACAAACGUGACUCUCCCCUUCUGUCUGCUUAGCCUGCAGCCUCUCUGCAGGGGACUCAGGGCAGGCACGACCUCCUGGGUCCUGGGAGGCACCAAAUUCCAUUCGACCCAGUUCAGCCCACUGAUUGAGCACCUUCUGCGUGCCAGGGCCAGCAGCAGUGGCUCUCCACCCCGGCUGCACGUAAGAAUCAUCCAGGGUAAUUUUUUAAAAAUACUGAUCCGCCCCCCGACCACCAGUGGAAUCAGAGGCGAGGGGGGCCGGCGCAGGGCCUGGGCACAGGUACUCCUUAAAGUGCAGCAGGCAGUUAUAACGCCCAGUUAAGCUGAGAGCGACGGGUCUGGAGCAAAAGAGAAGUCCACCGUACAUCCUACCCAGGUCCUCUCCCUGCCACCUUCCUUGGACCAGCCAGCUGACGCAGGUCUGCCUUGAGCCAAGAGAAAUCACCAGGAAAUUCCCCGAUUGCAACCCGUGACAGCAACAUCUAAUUAAUCAUCAACCCUGAAACACAAUCCCCAGCCCAUAACAAGAAAACCCACAGAGCCUUUGGAAACCUGUCCACUGGCAGCCUCGAGGCAAUUUCCCUCCUGACUCGGAGACCUGUUCCCCAGGAUCCCAGGCUGAUGGGGGCCCAGCUCUGCUCUGAGGCUGGCGCCGAGGCACCGCGCGAGGCCCUUCGCUUCCACCCCGAGGCCAAGGGCGCGCAGGUGCGUCUGGACGCGCGGCGGUGCACGGCGAGGCGGCGCGCCACGUUCCACGACGGCAUCGUGUUCAGCCAGCGGCCGGUGCCGCCCGGCGAGCGCGUGGUGCUGCGCGUCCUGCGGCACGAGGACCGCUGGCGGGGUGGCCUCCGCGUGGGCUUCACGCGCCUGGACCCCGCGCGCGUGCCUGCGCCCAGCCUGCCGCCCUUCGUGUGCCCCGACCUGGAGGAGCAGAGCCCGACGUGGGCAGCCGUGCUGCCCGAGGGCUGCGCGCUCGCGGGGGACGUGGUCUGCUUCUGGGUGAACCGCCGCGGCCGGCUCUUCGCCGAGGUCAACGCGGGACCCCGCAUCCUGCUGCGCAAGGGUGUGCUCAUGGGCGCCCCUCUCUGGGCCGUGAUGGACGUGUACGGGACCACCAAGGCCAUCGAACUGCUGGACCCUGCAGCCAGCUGGUUCCCCACCACCAAGCCCUGGUUCCUCAGCGAUGAUGCUGUACCUGAGCCUGAAGCCAGAGCAGGAGAGGAGGAGUGUGCCAUCUGCUUCCACCAUGCUGCCAACACCUGCCUUCUCCCCUGUGGCCACACACACUUCUGCAGCUCCUGUGCCAGGAGGGUCUUCAGGGACACGGCCAAGUGCCCAAUGUGCCGCUGGCAGAUCGAGGCGGUGGCACUGGCGUGGGGCCCUCCUGCUGUGAGAUCUGGGGAAGGCUCCUGAGUGGAAAGAACUCCAGUGUGGGUAGCAGAUUGGACCUGGCGCUGAGCCUGGCCCCUGCAGAGGGAGGGGUGCAGCCCUGCCCUCUUUCUGGAGAAGAAUUGUGAA